AUGGUUGUUCUAAGUGUGAAACGCGGAGACGAGGUGCUCUUCUUGUUUGAGACAAGUGUUAAGGAGAAAACCGAUACCGUGCUGCGGGAUCUGGUGGCCCUUCAUAAUGGUCAACUCAAAAUUCAGCGUGUUUGUAUGGAGAUCGAAGAGCUUGCUGAACAUGGAACCAUGCUACCAGGCGAAAUGAUUGGCCUAAACGAAGACCAAAGGGAAGAGCUCAAGCUAAAGGACAUUUGGGCGGAUAAGUGCAUUCCGUCUGGCGGUUUCACUAUUAAUAAGGACCCGCUCCUUCGUCGUAAUGGGCAGCAGCCUACUGAGGCGAUGCAGAAGGUUCUGGCAGGUGCUAUUACCGACGCUAAGGCCAUGGUGGAUCGGCGACUGGCUAAAUCCUCAAAGACCUUAAACCUAAAGAUCGUUGAGGAGGCGUUGAACCUCCUGCGUGGUGCCGUGACCAUUGUAUAUCCGAUGCAGUUGCCGCCCCACGACACUAUUCGCAUGGAGUUCAGUAACACUGAAGAUUUGACAGGAACUCAAGCCUCCAAGGAGGUAAUCGAGCCCUCCAAGGCUCAGUUUUGGUUUGCAGGACGUCAGAUGCUUAUGGGAAAGCUUAUGAGCGACUACUUAGGUCUUAAUGACAAGACCAAGGUGGUGGUUAAGCUUAAUCAACUCGGUGAAGGACCACCAGCUCGAGAGGCAGUGAUUUCCGAACCCAUGCGUCGCCAGAUGAUGGCCGAAUCCUUUCGCCGUCAGGAAGAGCUGAAGGCGCAUCUGCUGGAACUGCUAGAGUGGGGAUCGGGUAAAUAA